UAUUCCGUAGGUGAGGUAUCAGAGCCCAGCAGGGUGUCACUCGUCUGGCAGUGGUCAAGAUGUUGGCGGUGUGGGUUUUGGCAUUCCUCCUCUACGGUCCAGCUAUCAUCUUCUGGGAACUGAUGGUCGGAGAAAGCAUCGUUCCAGAGGACGAAUGUUUCGCCGAGUUCUACUGCACCUGGUACUUCCUGCUCUCUGCGUCUACCUUCGAGUUCUUCUCACCUUUCAUCUCCGUGGCCUUCUUCAACUUCAGCAUCUAUCUCAACAUUCAGCGGCGGAACCGGAGUCGCAUGGCACACGUGGAGGCUGAGAAGGAGGAUGGCUGGAGGGUCAUCGACGGACAGGCCUCGUCCGUCUUCUUCGUCAAAACGCGCAAGGUGUCCUCCAGCGGGCCGGCGGCUGUUUCGGCCGUGAUCGAAGACGACGAGGAGGUUUCACCGUCAUCCAGCGGAGAUCCCAGUAGCACCCACUCCGUGUCUUUGACAAUGAAGACGACCAUGAAGAAACGAGGAUUGUUGAGUCGUUGGGUAAGGACGCGCAUAAUACGAGCGCAGGAAGCAUCAAAUGCAUGCGCCCCUUGCAAAAGCGGAGGACAAGCACGCCUCUCUCGAGAUAAGAAGAUUGCCAAGUCCUUGGCAGUCAUAGUGUGUGUUUUUGGGGUGUGUUGGGCACCGUACACCCUCCUUAUGAUCAUACGGGCUGCCUGCAGUGGCACUUGUGUGGAACAUCACUGGUACGAAGUCACUUUCUGGCUCCUUUGGCUCAACUCGGCCAUCAACCCUUUCCUCUACCCACUUUGCCAUAGUAGCUUUCGCCGGGCCUUCGCCAAGAUUUUGUGCCCCAAGCGGCAGUCUGUUCGACCACAUGAGGAAAGCCCUUCCUGCCAAUGAUAAUCUGACAGCAACAGAAGGGAUUUAACACUUUCACGCUGAAUAUUGAAGGAUUAAAUAAAAGCACCAAGGCAAGAAAGCGAAAAACAUUUACGCCCAAGCAAUUCGGCAAUGGAAAUCCAUGUCAUUACUUGAUGGAGUAGCAUGUUUUAUUCUUCUUUGAUGAAACUUAACUUUGAUGAAGAAAAAUAAAUGAAUUGUGAAGAACUGCAUGGACAAUUGACCUUUAAUUGAUUGAUAUGAACAGUGCAACCAAGCUGUUGUAAUACGUUCAUCUCGUCUUGAAGUAACAUAGCAACAGAGAUGUUUCACUCUUCUUAGCUAAUGUAAGUUGCAUGUUUUGGGACAUCUGUGGUGAAAAGUGAUGCAGAUUGUUUUCAGAACAUAUUCAGUUGACUGUUUUGCCCAUAUCAACAUUAUUUAUUGACUUCUGUAAAUUCCACUCCAAUGACUCACAUGGUUCAGCGGAGAAGAGCUGAUCUAUGUGAGAUGCAUUACAACUCAAGAAAAAUACAAGGUGUGCUCCUCCGCUAGAUAUGUGAGCUUCACAGUCAGCUCUAUAUUACCUGCUAUGGACAAGACUGAAACUAAUAACGUUUUAUAAUGGAAGUUUUGUGGAAUUUUUGUGAAAUGUGAUUUAAGUUAUUUAUAUAUCUGUUUACAAUACAGAAAGCAAGGAAUUUUAAAGGGUUAAUUCACUCGAAAAUGCGAUCUAAAGAUUUAUUCCAGAUUUUCCAUGGUAUUUUUUCUCAAGUCUUCAAUUCCCAUCAUUUUUAUAAGAUGAAAAUCAAUUCAUAUAUGAUGAGAACUGGAAUGUAGCACAAGAGUCAUAUGGACAAUUUUUUAUGGUGCUUUUUUGUGAAAUAUAGAUUGCAGCCCUAA